GUGACGGCGUCGCCAUGGAGCCGAGGGCGGGUGUCUCCAAACAGGACAUUCGUGAGCAAAUUUGGGACUACAUGGAAUCACAAAAUGUAGCUGACUUUCCCCGACCUGUUCAUCACAGGAUUCCCAACUUUAAGGGGUCUUAUCUGGCUUGCCAAAACAUCAAAGAUCUAGACGUUUUUGCCCGAAUGCAGGAAGUUAAAGUGGAUCCUGAUAAACCGCUGGAAGGUGUGCGGCUGCUGGCACUGCAGAGCAAAAAAACAUUGUUGGUUCCCACACCACGACUGAGAACAGGAUUGUUUAAUAAGAUCACACCACCUCCUGGGGCAACUAAAGACAUCUUGAGAAAAUGUGCCACCUCUCAGGGUGUGAGGAGCUACAGUGCACCCAUCGGCCUGGACUCCAGAGUGCACGUGGACUUAGUUGUGGUGGGAUCUGUCGCCGUUUCUGAAAAAGGCUGGAGAAUAGGGAAGGGAGAGGGCUACGCUGAUCUCGAGUACGCCAUGAUGGUGUCGAUGGGAGCCGUCAGUGAGGGGACGCCUGUGGUCACCAUCGUCCACGACUGCCAGGUCAUGGACAUACCCGAGGUGCUCCUUGAGGAUCACGACAUCACAGUUGACUAUAUCCUCACUCCAACCAGAGUCAUCACCACGGGCUGUGAGCGCCCAAAGCCAACAGGAAUCACAUGGUCCAAGAUCAGCCAUGAGAUGAUGGAGAAAAUCCCAAUACUGAGAACCCUCCGUGACCAAGAGAAGCAGGCUGGGAAAGAUGUCACUCUUCAGAAUGAGCACUGGAACCUUCUAGAAUCCGGCAGCCAGCGAGCAGCUCCCACGAGUGCUGUCAGACCACCCCAGGAUACACCCCAGCCAGAAGCUGAUUCUAUGGGAGCAGCCCGUGGCUGCCUGCAGAGGGAAGAGGCCCCGCCUGCUGCCACUGUGUAUGUGGGGAACCUCCCCCGAGAUGCCCGCGUGAGUGAUCUGAAGAGGGCCCUCCGAGACCGCGGCGCAGCGCCCCUAUGGCUCACCUGGCAGGCGCCACAGUGCAGGGCAUUCCUCCACUACCAGGACCCAGCCUCAGCCCAGCAGGCCAUCUCCUGCCUGCAGGGCCUGCGCCUGGGCACCGACACCUUGAGGGUGGCGCUGGCCAGGCACCAGAGGGACAAGUGACCUGGCAGGCAUCCUUGGGCAGCAGAGCCAUGCUGGACAAGUACACCGUUGCCAUUGCCAGCCAUCUCUUACGUGUGACAGCCCGCCGCUUGGGGUUCCUGUGGGACGGGAGGCCUGUGUGGUGGGACGUGGCGAGCUGCUGCUGGCUGAGCUGCCACUGGCUGAGCUGCCGCUGUCUCACCUCUCCCUGGGAAGUCCCAGCCUCAGGCAGUGCUGCAUCUCCAGAUGGGCAGGGGGCUAGUGCAUGAUGCACUUCAUAGCACGCGGAGGCUGCAGACUUGGUUUGUUCAGAUUCUGGAGUUUUUUGCUCCUUGUACCUGUUUGACUGUGUUAGCUGUGCCAGUUUCUCUGGAGGGACAGCAAAUUAAACAUUUUAGAGGACUGAGCAACAAACACAUGCUAGUAAAUGGUGAUUUAGGGUUUGGGGGAUGGAGUAGAAGAAGAUGGAUGAAGGAUCCUGCCCACGAUAGGCCCUGGCUGGGACCAGGCAGGGAACAGGGGGCAAAACCAGAGAAGCAUUCUCGUGCUCCAUGAUCCUGGACCUGGCAUGACUGGAGGGGAAAGCCAAGUCACAAAAGCCCAAGUGGCUCAGUCCCCAGGUUACGAAUUGCUCAUCACAGCUCAGUCCUGGUGUCACAUGGGAGCCGAUGAAAUGGGGACCCACAAUGGGGUGAGACUCGCCAUGGUCCCCUAGUCUCCUGCUUCUGUGGGUGAACACUCUCAGCUCUGGCCACAAGGCAGGAAGGUCUGUCUCGUGAGAGAGGCUGGCUCUGGGAAUGAGCCCUGUGCCAGCUGAUGUCCCAUUCACACGUGCACACAUGCCCAGGGCCUGUGUUUUCUGGACUCUUUUCUGCAGUUCUGUGUUUCUAAAAAACAAGCUGGAUUUUUGGCAGAACUGUGCUUCUCAAUGAAAGCGCUUUUGCAGUUGAUGCUAGGCAAAAAGUCAAAUAAGCAUGUAAGUGGAGAUUUUUUUUUUCCCAAAUGUAAAUGUGUUGGAAAUUUUAAUUGUUUUAGCCAGAGGGUCUUAGUAUAUUUGAAGCACAUUAUUAUGCCUCAAGAGGGCAGGCCUUGCAUGUGCUUUAAAGAACACGUUCUCAGGAUGCUCAUUUUUCCCUUUGAAAUAGCAUUUUACAACGACGAUACUGUGGAGACUUCAGAAAGAAAAUCUGUUCUUAGACAGAUUUGCUUGUGAAAUAAACAUCUUUUCCAAGCUGUCUCGAAUAAAAUGAGAGGGAUGGAAACAGGUGUGUCACAGCUUGGCCCCCAGGCCUCGGCCUGGCCCUGUCCUUGGCAUGACACUCGGUGUCACAAGCCAACUCUGACCCCCAAUCCUCAGUGGCCACCUGGUCACCCUCAACUCCUCAUUCUGCUUUUUCCCAUUUUUCAAGGAUUGUUCUUGUACUUGAAAGAUUCUCUUAGUUUUUGUUUGCUUUAUUGUUGAUCUGCCACUGUUAGAACAGCAGCUGCAGGAGAAGAGAGAGUAAGUGUGUCUGUCCGGCUCUCUCCCUGCUGCGCCCAGCAGCUGGAGCCACUCGGGACAAACGUGGGAUGUGAAUGGGCCCACGGGAGCCAAGAGAUCAAGAAGCUGCAUCCGAUCCCACUAUUUGAACUCCUGGAUCCAGUCGUGCCUGACUCUACCCCGACCCUCAGACUGUAGAGUUAUAACUCAAGUUAAUAAAUGAUCACUCUCGGGUAA